GGGCGAUUUAGGCUAUAAGCAAUCUCGAAGUGUUUAUUAUAGUGCAUCAUAGCGCCAAAACGCUGAGCUACAGCAGUUUUACUGUCAUCAUAAAUAAAUCCCGUCAUUUUAAGGUUUGUGCGUGAUAAUCCUGGGUUAUUUUGCGGGGUAGGAGCUGGUAUAGCGUGUCCUCAGGCGGGGACUUUUAUUCUGGAAGGCGAGCUCUCCAGUGUUUGUGUUUUGGUAGGAGCUUGAAUGGGCUAGGCGGCUGUUCGGCUGUGGGCAGCCGAGCGCGGAGCCGCCGUCUUUUCUUUGUUAACUGCUCCCCCUGAGUGGGUUUUAAAGUCGUGUCAGUCUCUGUAUUUUAGCUUCGCGACAAACGGCGAGAGAAAGAAGUGGAUUUACUGUGUGAACGUUACUGGUUAGCCAGCCAACCGUUAGCAGUUUUAAGGAACACCAGCUUCAAAUUAAGAGCCCGUAUUUAGCCAGCCAGUUGAGCUGUGUUGGCAUCUUUCAUUUAGUUUCCUUACAGUAUUUUGGAUAAACAGCCUUCUUUUCACUGCACAGUGGAAAACAAGACUCCCGGCUAGUAUCCGAGCCGUUGUCUGUGGUGAGGGAGAGGCAUGUAGUGCCUCUGAGAGGAGCCAGCUGGCGUUAGUUGCUCUAACCAAGCUGAUGUAGGAGAAAUCACAUGGUUGAGUGGAGCAUUAGCGUUUCAAAGAGACAUGAGCGCAGAAAUCGCUGGCUUAUGUUAGCCAGAUGAGAGUUUGAGAUAGGAGCUGCUCUAAGUGGAAUAUAAGCGAAGGUUAAAGCUGCACUAUGUAAGAUUUGUUUGUUAAAAUUGAGAGGACUUGCAUUACUGAGUCAAGGCAACUGCUGAUGUGUGGAGUUCUUACACCUCUGAGUCUCCCAGUGAAGCCUAAAAUAUUAAUCCGCAACUCAGGGCUGUCAGACCACGUCAGACACAGGCUCAAAAAGAAAGUCUGGCUCAGUGUGACCUGGUUACCUGAGCAAUGCUGUUAAGUGAUACUUUUUUAAAUCCCACAAACAGGGAAAUUCCCAAAAUACACACUAGGGGGCAGUGAGCAGGUGGGCAGCCCUAUUCACGGCGCUCGGGGAGCAAUUGGGGGUUAGGUGUCUUGCUCAAGGACACCUCAGUCAUGGACUGUCAGCACUGGGGAUCGAACUGGCGACCUUCCGGUCACUGGGCCAGCUCCCUAACCUCCAGCCCAUGACUGCCUCCAUGCUGGUGGGGGCGUAGCUCCCAGUGCUGAUCUGGACAGAGCUCAAAGUUAGCUACUGUAGAGCUGGUUGGAAGACCGAAGAAUAAUCAGUGGCUGCUGCGGAUGCUGACUAAUAAAACUGCGUUCGGGUGCAGAUGGGUAGCACGUGGUUUACUGGUCAAUGCGACUAAUCUCGGUUUGAGUGCUUGCUUCUCUCCUUGUUUCUGUCCAGGUUAUCAGCCCCACUUGCUAUAUAGGUGCACUUUGUAGUUCAGUGUAGUAAGUGGAGCUGAUCAAAUGGGCAAUGAGUGUAGGAACAAGGAGGUGUUCAUAAUGUUAGGCCUGAUCUGUGUGCAACCACCACGCAGAGGAAGACGGCAUGGAGAUCUGGACAACACAUAUCCUGCCUUUUCUCUGCUGUGGUAAGAAGCAGACAGAUCUGUGGAACUCGCAGGACAUGGGUAGUAAAAAAAGACGCAUUCAGAGUCUUUACAGAAUAGCUUGUGUGUCAAAAUAGAAGACUUCAGAUAAUUCUGAAGGUCCUAGACCCAAGAAGCGUAGAGCUUCCAACAGCAAGGCAUCUUCAUCGGUGCAACUACUUCACGAAAGGAUUUGAUCACAUCUGGCUCUUUCGUUCAUGUGACGAGUUAAAACCCUCUGGCGUCUGUAUAAACGCAACCAAAUGGUGCGCAGAUGUGAUAUAGCGAUGUCUGUUGGCGAACGCUGAAACAACGUCUUUGUAUUUGAGACAGAAUUCAUGGUGAAGAGCUCUAUAGUAGAACUUUCAGCACCCCUGAGAAACUGCACGGUGAGCUUCAGGAGAUAACAGGGAGUGGAGAGCUGUCUGGAUGGUGUAUUGGUGUCAUCUACAGGCUGGAGUAGGGAAUACACCUAUUCUCUCUAUAUAUCUCGGGGUUAUCUGUAGAUCGUUUUUCAGGGUAGUUAUUUUGGGGUAAUUAAUUCCCCAAUGUUUACUCAUGUCUCUUCAGGGGUUCUGCACAGAUUUAAUAAAGGCACAGCAGGCAGGUUUAGUGUUCUUCACUCAUGUUAAACGUUACAGGUUCUUGCAAACCUUUGUACUAUCUAGGGUCCCCGGUUGUGAAUUUGGCUUUGUCGGCUUUCUGAGUUCAGUUUACAAGAGGGAGAACUUUGAGUUUCCCAGUUUCUGACACCACUCAAAGGCAUUUUGUGCUGGUAGGAGUGAGAUAAGCCAAAUUUUGACUAAUGGAGGAUCAGAUUUAUUAUUUAUUCUUGAAGGGCGGAGCGGUUGCAGCAUAAACAGCAAACUGAUUGGCUCUUCUUUGGUGGGUGGGACUUUCUCCAUAAACAGAUGCCAUGUUGAGCAGUACAAGCUUUCCCACUUGUACGUCGACCAGUGGCGGGUCUCCUCAUUUAUAACGUCUCUGGUUUCUUCAGGACACAAAAAUGCAAUGGCAGAUAAACAAUCACCGGCAAGUAGAAAACUACCCAUCCCUGUUUUGCCAACAACAGCGUACACAACAAAGACAUGUAAACAGAAGAAGACAAAUGAAGGAAAGCAAACUAAAAAGAGAGAAUUAGACAGAGCCCGAGAUAAAACAAGGGCAAACCUUGGAGCAGCUUUUCAGAGGUGGAGGGCGCUCCGGGACCUGAAAGGCUUCAGAUCUGAUGCAGAGUUAGCCACGUUUCUGCUUGACAGGUUUGCUAAAGGAGGAUUCUUGGCAAACACUUCCUGUGCUGCAUCGAGAAUUGAGUUGACCUUAACGGACGAGUCAUCGGACUCAGAUUUUGAGAGGAGGGAUUAUGGCUCGGAUGUUGGGGAUGACAGGGAGUUACCACAGAAUGGACAAACGGCGCCGAUGAAGUUAGAGGUUGAGUUAACCAGUAGCAUGACCAGUAAGGCUUCGGCAGCUCUACAAGCCGACGGAAAAGAUUUCUCAGUGACCUCGUCUUCUGCUCCAGACGACGAAGAAAACUCUGACAUAUCUGAGAGCAGUUAUGUGAAUUUAAAUAAAGAGGUUUUGGUGCUGCUGAUGUUUCGCUGUUUGGAGUGCUCCAGUGAGUGCAGUGUUCAAGGGAAAGGCAAAGGAGGGAAUCUCUCUCUCCGACAGGAGUGUCUGAUCUGCUCUAACUGCAGAAUAUGGACUGCUCAGACUGUUCAAAUGCCAAACGACAUGGAACCUGAUGUCAAGUGUGAGGAGCUCUUGAACGCUGAGCGGAAGGCUCAGGAGACCAGUCUGUCAAUGAAGACCCAUCAAGACAGAACGUCUGUGAAUGCCGUGCAGGAUGAGGCAGGUGCUAGGAGUGAAAUCACAAGUUUUGUAGUGAAAGAAGAAAUUGAAGGUGAUUGUGAGAACGAAGCAGGGAGUCUCUUGAUGGAGACAUAUGAGGAUACUCUUCCAGUUUCCUCAGUAAAAAAAGAGGACAGUGUUGAUGAGGAAGGUUUUAAUGGUGCGUCCGUAAAUAAUGGGUCAGCUGAACCAUCCCGCGUCUGCUUGACUGACCAGAAAGAAGAAUUUCCUGAUGAGGACGUUGAAAGCGACCAGGAAGACGAUUCUGAAGCUGAUUCAGAAGAGAGCUUGUCGAGCUUGUACGAACGCAUGGACAGCUCAGAUGAAGACUUUUCUGAGACCGAGUCGUCCAAGACAAAAGUGUUUCAAAACACCAUUAAACCAGUAGUUUGGUGUGAAGACUGUGGAGCUGUUGCAAAUAUGCACUGUGGACUUCGGCGGCACCAGAAGAUCUAUGGCUGCGCGCACUGUGGUGCGGAAGGCAGUGUCCAGAGCUGCAGUUUCUCUGUUCAUUUUGGUGACAUUCAUAGUUUUCAUAAGCAUGCUAUGGACGUGCACGGUGCCACAGAACACUUUUAUGAGCGCACAAUCUGCCAGGAUUGUAAUAAGACAUACAGGCUGCACACUGACCCCAACAAAAAGGGCCACGUGUGCGAGAACAAGACCAAACCCUUUUCCUGCCACUUGUGCCGCAAACGCUUCGCUACCAAGAUCGGCCAGAAGGUGCAUUACCGCAGACUGCAUGGAGACUACACACACAUUUGCAAGUACUGCAUGAUGGUGUUUAAUACGAAGAUGUCCAAACUGGAACAUGAGCAGAGUCACAGCAAGGAUGAGCUGACCUACAACUGCCCAGACUGCUCCGAGAGGUUCAAAGACUUUAUUAGCCGUAAUCAGCACCUGAAGAGCCACAGAGGUAGAAAGAAAUACGUCUGCCACACGUGUAACAGGACGUUCGUUUCCCUUCAAAGAUACGAGAGACACAUGCGCAUCCACUCGGGAGAGAAACCUUACAAGUGCGGGGUCUGUGAGCGCUCCUUCAACCAGGCCGGUCACCUGAAGUCCCACAUGAGGCUCCACACGGGUGAGAAGCCCUUCAUGUGCGAGCAGUGCGGAGAGUGUUUCAACCACAACGUCAGCCUGAGGAACCACCUGCAGCGGCAUCACGGCAGCGAUUCCACCUCUGUGCCGGUGGAGGAGAACAAACACAAAGGUAGACCUGCGAAGAACUCUUCCUCCGAUACAGCAAGCAAAGACCAGCGUAAAAAGCGAGCAAGGAAGCGCUCUUGCAAGGCCGCUGCUGCUGAGGAGAUGGAGGUGGAGCUGGAGCUUGAGGAGGAGAAUGAAGGGGAGGAAGAGGAGGACAAUGUGCAGCCUGAUCCAGGCAUGGACUAUUGGGAAGAGACCGAACAGUCAGACGCUGACGAAGAAAAGGAGAAAAGAGGACGCAAGAGGAAAGCGAGGAGGAAGAAACAAGGGAGAAGGCAGAAAUGCACGGUUGAUAAUGACCAGUGAUUCAAAGCUGGCACUGAACGCUUGGCUACACAGUAAGAAAAUAAGGGGGAAUAUUAACAGAUAUUUCAGCUUUUCCUGCAUAUCUCAGUUGUUGAGUUGUGAAGUCAUUCAGAGUGGGUUGAUGUGAAAUUGCUCAUUGUAGAGAAACAUUGCAGUCGUGGGCUGGAGGUUAGGGUUACAUGACAUCAGCAACUGCUCCCCGGGCGCUGCGGA